AUGUACCGACGAGCAACAUUCAGUACAUAUCGUCGACUUUUACAGGAGAUUCCUCCAGUAAAAGUUGAGCCAGGUGCUACUCCUGAGUUUGUUGUCAAGAAGACACACAAGAUCCGCAAUUUUUUGCUGGCCACCACGCUCCUAGCUGCUGGUGUCUACGGUGGAGGUGCCUAUGCCUCGCUGCACGAUGAAAAAACAUACAACACCUUCACUUCGUAUGUUCCUGGUGCAACCAGCGUCAUGUAUUUUGUCGACGAGUGGCGUUAUCGCGAGCCUGUUUAUAGUCGCUUCGGUACUCACAGCAAAACCGUUUCGGUCACUGCAUCCAAGGCCACUCCUCGUUUGAACAAGACUGAGGAGAAGCCUGCAGCCCCAACUCCGGUCAUUCCUAAGGAGUCGAAAAAAAAUGUUGUCAAGCCUAAAUUGGCGGAGCCUUCGUCGACGACUGCCAAAUCCUCCACGGCUGAGGCACUUCCUAAUUUCACCAUUCCCGAGGACCUUGACCCUUCAUUGAAUGGUGUUGUUGAUGCUCUUUCUAAGGUGACCAGUAAAAUUAACACUGGCAAGCUUUCUGAGAAGCAUGUUCGUGAUUUGCUUGAGUCUCUUCAGGCCGCCUCCACUGAGUUUUCGCGUGUCCGGGUUGCCCAGGCCGAAGAGCUCAAGUCCGAACUUUCCAAGCAGAGUGAAAAGUUUAACAAGAUCAUUGAGGCUCAGAUUGCCGAGCUGCAUGACGCUUUCAAUGAGGAGAAGAUGCUCUUCUUAAAGGUCUAUAAUGAUCGCUUGGUCAACGAGGUCGAGGCGGCUAAAAAGACCAUUCUUGCUGAGGCUAAUACGGCUAUUAUGGCUCAAUUUAUCGAGCAGCAGGAAGAGUUUGCCAAGACAGUUGCAAACCGCGUCGAAGAGGAGCGCGAGGGCCGUUUGUCUCAGAUCGAGAAGCUCAGCUCAGAGCUCAGCGCUAUGGAGAAGACAGUUCUCUCCUCUGGUGAGGCUAUCACAGAGAGCGAUGGCGCAGUCAACUUUUUUGUUGCCUUGAGCGCCUUGCAGUCCGCAAUGGCCACUGACGCUCGCUCAAUUCAGCCCCAGCUCCAGACCGUCGCCAAGACUCUGCCUAAAGAUCCCCUCGUCAAGGCGGUGGUCGAUUCUGUCUCCGACGAGGUCAAGACCCAUGGUGUUCUGAGCCCUGCCCAGCUCGCUGUUCGAUUCGCUCUGAUCGCUCCCGAGAUUCGCCGGGCUUCUUUGGCGCCCCCUGACGCCGGCGUGUUUGGUCAUUUGACCUCCCGGGUCUUGUCCGCUUUGCUGGUCAAGAAGCAGGGUAUGCCUAAGGGUGAUGACAUCGAAUCCAUUCUCGCCCGCGCCGAAACUUUGCUUUCUCAGGGCAACGUCGUCGAUGCCGUGGCCGAGGUCAACUCCCUUCAGGGCUGGCCCAAGAAGAUUGCCGGUGACUGGCUCAACGAGGGACGCAAGCGUGGUGAGCUCGAGUUCCUUGUCAAGGUUCUUGCCGAUGAGGGACGCUUGUGGAGCAUCUCCACUAAAUAA